AAUCAAAAUCGGCCCAUAACGAGUCAUAAAAUAAUCUUUUAAUAAAUAUAUUUAAUAAUCCUGAUAUAUACGGUAAUAAGCUGGCACUUACAAUCUAGAAGCCGGCUUUCCGAAGAAAAUGGAGGCAGAAAACGAAAUUAGAGAAAUCGAAGGCGCAAACGAGAACGAAUCUUCACCGAGCAACCCGAAGCCGACGCCAAAAACGGUUAGGACCAAAGUACCGGAGGUGGAGAUCCAUCUGUACAGACAAGGCAAGGGUCCGAUUAACGUGUUCAAGUCGAGCUUGGGAGGGUGGGACCAGGACCAACUGGAGGUCCGAGAAAUCCUCGAGAAAUACGGGUUCAAGUCGAUCUUCGCUUUCAAUCCAGCGUCGGGUCGGGGUGCGCCGAUUCGUUUUGGGAGGAAUGGUAGGUCUAUACUUGGGUAUAGAGAUGGAUCGGUCAUUCACGUUGACGGAGAACCAAAGGACUCCUUGAUCAAACCAGUGACCAAGACCGUGCUCGGGGUAGCAGUGAUCACUCUUUUGAUAACAUUGGCUCUGAAGGAACGUCCAGAAUGGUUCAAGAGUUCAAACCUUUUUGGCGGAAGCUUCCCUCCAUGGAUCCUUGCCUGUGCUGUUAUUGUUUUUACUCGCAUGAGGAAGAGAACUGGGGACUUUUUGAAAAAGCGUGGCUGGUAAAACAUAUGCCACUGAGCAUUCCUGGUUCUGGUGGAAGAGCCAAUCUGACUACCUUCAAGGUUUGAGUAAAGCAACUGCAUUUUGAUGAUUUAGUCCUUUGCCUCGUUUUAUACUCUAAAAAAAAAAAAAAUAGCCCCACUUUUGAUGAUGAAUUGAUGAUAGAUACUAGAACAAGAUAAUCAAGCUGUCUCUGUUUGGUUAGUCGUUGAUGGACUUUCAUGGUUAUAUCAUCAAUUUUCUUUUUCUUGGGUC